CACCUUAAUUCACAACUCCUGUUGAGUUUCCUACUCAUCUCACGAUGGCGUGGGUUCGAAUCCCACUCUUGUCAUAUCUUUUUGCACUUUCUUUUUAUUUUUGUGUCUCGUUUUGCAGGGCACAAGUACUGUUCCCCAGUCUGACCAAACAAAAGACCCAUUUCAGCCAUAUAAAACGCCGUAGUAUCCAUCGAAUACUAGGCAUGUACGCGUUGCUCAAUGCCACCAUUGGCUUAUGGAAUACCGAUUAUGUGGUAUCUUUUUAUUCCCUGCAUUUCCACUUACCUCCACCACAAAAUAUCUGCCUUCGUCGACCAAAAAAAAAAUAAAACAUUUCUUUUCCACCGCAGCAAAAAGGGUCAACCCCCCAUUGAGGAGGGAUAGUUCUA